AUGGCCAUGCAAAUGUGUAACAGACGUGUCACUCAGGUGACAACAAAUCUUGUUCGACAACUUGUUAAACCUAUACCAAUGAAAGUUGAAGACGAUCAUCAUACUGAUGAACAUACACAUAUAUCUAUACCAGAAACACCAACAUUAAAGACAAUUGUUUCGAUGUAUAAAUAUUUAUUGAAUGGUAAUACAUCUAUAACAACUGGACUUAAUAGUGCUCUUAGCAUUCGCCAUGCGCAUACUGAUAUUCAAGUACCAAAUUUUGAUUAUUAUCGUCGUAAAGCACGUCUUGAUGCAUCAAAAUCGUAUCGAGAUGCUAGUGAUAGCACUUCACCUUAUUCUUAUUUAACUCCAAUUGGUAUGGCUAUAACAUCAGCUUAUAUGGCCAAAUAUAUAGUACGAGACAUAGUUACUUAUGUGGGUCCAGCAAAAGAUGUAAUGUCACUUGCUAAAGUUGAAAUAAAACUUGAUGCCGUACCUGAAGGCAAAAAUGCUGUAUUUGAAUGGCGUAAUAAACCAAUUUUUGUUCGUCACCGUACACCACAAGAAAUUGCACGAGAAGAAGGUGUCAAUGUUAGUCAAUUACGUCAUCCACAAAAUGAUUCUGAACGUGUACAAAAACCUGAAUGGCUUAUUGUUAUUGGUAUAUGUACUCAUCUUGGUUGUAUUCCAAUAGCAAAUGCCGGUGAUUUUGGUGGUUACUAUUGUCCUUGUCAUGGUUCGCAUUAUGAUGCAUCUGGACGUAUACGAAAAGGUCCAGCACCACUUAAUCUUGAAGUUCCUCAAUAUGUAUUCAAAGAUGAUAGUACAGUUGUCAUUGGUUAG